AUGGCCGCCGAGCACAAUUCGUCGCCACAGCCCAACGUUGCGGCCAAUCCGGACCCUGCCCUGGAUGUGUCGCGCGAGCACUUCCACCCGCACCUGCACCACGACGAGUCGGCAGAAAAGGGCCACCGCGACGAGAUUGCCUACUCCAACGGCACUACCCAAGACGCCUCGACCAUUCCCGCCCAGUCCAACUUGCACCACCGCGGUGCCAGCGAGAAGAGCAUGGAGAAGGAGGGCGUUAUCGAUAUCGACGAUGCCGAAAAGGGCAGCACCAGCCAGGUCGCCGCCGCGCACGGCGAGGACGAGAAGAAGCGCGGUCCCGUUGGCCGCUUCUACGCCAGAUUCAGGAUCUUUUUCCACCUGUUCGUCUGGCUGUUCUUCACUGGAUGGUGGAUCGCAAGCUUGAUCCUGCACCGCCAUGACAAGAACUGGAUCAUUCCGUUCCUGCUCUAUCUGUGCGUCACGCUUCGGGUCAUCUUCUUCCAUGUCCCGAUUACCAUUGUCACCAAGCCCAUGCACUUUGUGUGGAACAACACGGGGGUCCGCUUCACUGCGCUCAUCCCCGAGAAGCUGAGGACCCCUGCUGCUGCCCUGCUGGUCGUCGCUGUCUUCCUCAUUGGCACAUUUGCCAGUCCCGAGAGCAGCGACAACACCAGGGCCAACCGUGCAGUCAGCAUCUUCGGUCUGAUUGUCUUCAUCUUCGCUCUGUGGGCCACUUCGAGGAACAGGAAGCGUAUUGUCUGGCACACGGUCAUUGUCGGCAUGCUGAUGCAAUUCAUCAUUGCCCUCUUCGUCCUGCGCACCACGGCUGGAUACGACAUCUUCAACUUCAUCUCCACCCUCGCUCGUGAGCUGCUUGGCUUUGCCGACAAGGGUACUGCUUUCUUGACCACGGAUACCAUUCCGGAAACGAUCCACUGGUUCCUGAUCUCUGUCCUGCCCGCCAUCAUCUUCUUCGUCUCUCUCGUGCAGCUCCUGUACUUCGUCGGCCUUAUCCAGUGGUUCAUCGGCAAGUUCGCGACCUUCUUCUUCUGGGCCAUGCGCAUUUCGGGCGCCGAGGCCGUCGUCGCCGCUGCCUCUCCCUUCAUCGGACAGGGUGAAUCUGCCAUGCUUAUCAAGCCGUUCGUUGCUCACCUCACCAUGGCCGAAAUCCACCAGGUCAUGUGCUCUGGUUUCGCCACCAUUGCUGGUUCGGUGCUCGUUUCGUACAUCAGCAUGGGUAUCAACGCACAGGCGCUUGUCUCGUCUUGCGUCAUGAGUAUUCCCGCUUCGAUCGCCAUGAGCAAGCUCCGCUACCCCGAGGAAGAGGAGACGCUCACCGCUGGCCGCGUCGUUGUUCCGGAUGACGAUGAGCACCGCGCUGCCAACUUCAUCCACGCUUUCGCCAACGGUGCCUGGCUCGGUCUUAAGAUUGCGGGCAUGAUCAUGGCCAACCUGCUCUGCAUUAUCGCCCUGAUUGCCCUGAUUGAUGGUCUUCUUACUUGGUGGGGUCGCUACAUCAACCUUGACGGAAACUACGACCUGACCCUUGAGCUCAUCCUGGGUUAUGUCUUCUACCCCGUCGCUUUCUUGCUCGGUGUCAGCCGUGACCGGGAUGGCGCGGAUCUCCUUCGUGUCGGCCGUCUCAUUGGUCUCAAGAUCGUUGCCAACGAGUUCGUUGCCUACAGCGACCUUACCACUGAUGACUACUACUCGGAGCUCAGCGACCGCUCCCGUCUCAUUGCCACCUACGCUCUUUGCGGUUUCGGCAACAUCGGCUCGCUGGGUAACCAGAUUGGUGUGCUGUCCCAGUUGUCUCCCACCCGUUCCGGCGAUGUCUCGCGCGUUGCCGUCUCGGCUCUGCUCACCGGUAUUCUGGCGACAUUGUCUUCUGCCAGUAUUGCGGGCAUGGUCAUUAUUGAUCAGAAGAGUUUCUUCACCCCGAGCUCGUAA